AACAGGGACAGGAGAACGAAAGGACGACUCUUCUGCGGGAAGAAAACGCGCAUCUUGUGCUUUUUUUGCGCAUUUUCUACCUGCCGCAUAUCCACGUCCUUACUUGUGUUUCCCUUCUGCUGAGAUGAGGAGUUAAUCAACACGGCCACCCACUGCUGAUUAAGAUUUGAAGUUGUUUGAAAGAGUUUGGACCUGUCAGACAGACAUAAUGAAGAUGCUGGGGUUAGAGGUCAUCGCCCUAUGUCUCCUUUUGGGAACCCUGACUCACGGGCAGAAAAAUAAGUGCUGGGAGAAAAAUGAAUGUACCGUAGAGGUGUUCUUCACCGUAGACACAUCUGAGACCAUCGCCCUGCACGAGCCGCCUCCUGGAGCGCUGGUGGAGAGCAUCAAGGACUUCCUUGUGAAGUUUGCCCAGCGUUUGGAUGAUGCAGAAAUCAAUGGUGUUGUGCAGGUCAACUGGAAGAUCGGUGGACUACACUUCUCUCAGAAUAAUGUUGUGUUCAGUUCCAUUACGGACAAGAACACUUUUAUCACUGGCGUCAGGAACAUCGCCUACCUGGGUAAAGGGACCUACAUCGACUGUGCCCUCGGCAACAUGACAGAGAAAAUGGUGCGCCCAGGCGCAAACCCCAACGCCCUCCGAUUCGCUGUUGUCAUCACGGACGGCCACGUAACCGGCGAACCGUGCAAUGGAGUCAAAGCGGUUGCGGAUAAAGCUCACGAGCACAUCAAGAUAUUUGUCGUAGCAGCAUCUAAGAACGUGGAAGAGCACAUGCUAACGGAUAUCGCCAGCAAUCCUGCAUCUGUCUACAGGAGGGACUACAAGGUUGUGGAUCUGAGCCAAGGCAGAGCCACCAUACAUACAGAGACCAUUGACCACAUCAUCGAGUCCAUGAAACAUCUGGCUUACGUAGAUUGUUUCAAAACCAACUGUCUGGAGACAAAAGGGAGUGACGGUCAGAAGGGCAACCCAGGACAAAAAGGAGCCAAAGGAGACAACGGCGACCCAGGUUCGAAGGGAGGAAGAGGUCGCCAAGGAGACCCUGGUAUCGAAGGUCCCAUCGGUCUGCCCGGUAUUAAAGGAGAACCAGGUCUUCUAGGCGACAAGGGAGAAUUGGGAACUCAGGGGAAAAAGGGUGGGGGUGGUAAUGCAGGACGCAAUGGGACAGAUGGGCAGAAGGGUAAAUUUGGACGAAUUGGCGCUCCCGGCUGCAAAGGAGACCCAGGCGAAAGAGGUCCUGAUGGUCACCAUGGGGACGUUGGUGAACGUGGUUCUCCUGGAACUAACGGAGAAAAGGGUGAUCUCGGUCGCCCUGGAAGAUCUGGCCCCCCCGGAGCAAAAGGAAACAAUGGACCACCGGGAGAGAAUGGAAGUCCUGGAUCACCUGGCGACCCUGGAGACAAAGGAAGCGUUGGAAUCCCUGGAGCUCCAGGAAAGGGCGGAGAGUCUGGGAGAAGAGGAGAUCCAGGGAAAAAGGGUGAUCAAGGGCCAGACGGCAUUAAGGGAAGCAAGGGUGAAAUGGGUCCAGAAGGCUUGAGAGGACCUCCAGGUGAAGUAGGAAGCAAAGGAACAAAGGGAGACAAUGGCCUGCCAGGCCCCAGGGGACCACCAGGGACAGGUGGAGAGGCUGGGAAAAAAGGUGCCGGUGGGGACCCUGGUGAUGCGGGACCUCGAGGAGAACCUGGACCGAUUGGACCAAAGGGAGAUCGUGGAAGACCUGGCUUCGGCUACCCUGGAUCAAGAGGAGCACAGGGUGAUAAAGGAGAUCCUGGGAAUAGUGGGCCUCGCGGCAGCAGAGGGAGCUGCGGGCAAAGUGGGGCUCCUGGAAAUAAAGGAACUCCCGGAGACGAUGGUGUGCCAGGAUCUGAGGGUGAGCCAGGCGGAAGAGGGCAAAGAGGAGACCCUGGCCGGGAUGGAGGUCCUGGCCCUGAGGGUGAUCCCGGCCUCACUGAAUGUGAUGUUAUGAACUACAUCAGGGAAACGUGUGGCUGCUGUGACUGUGAGAAACGCUGUGGAGCCCUGGACAUCGUCUUUGUGAUCGACAGCUCAGAGUCAGUGGGUCAAACAAACUUCACCCUCGAGAAAAACUUUGUCAUCAACACCAUCAACAGAUUGGGAUCAUUUGCCAACGACCCCAAGUCGGAAAUAGGUACAAGAGUGGGAGUUGUUCAGUACAGUCACAGUGGAACCUUUCAGGCCAUCCAUCUCGACGACCCCAAGAUUGAUUCAUUGUCUGCUUUUAAGAAUGCAGUGAAGCGCUUGGAGUGGAUUGCCGGAGGAACUUGGACUCCAUCAGCUCUCAAGUUUGCCUACGACAACCUGAUCAGGGACAGCCGCAGGGCCAAAGCCAACGUCAGUGUUGUUGUCGUCACAGAUGGACGUUUUGACCCCAGAGAUGACGACACGCUGCUCAAAUACCUCUGCGGUCGUCCCGGCGUUGAUGUAAGUGCUAUUGGUAUCGGAGACAUGUUCGAGAAGAAUCAGGACAAUGAGAUUCUGAAUAGCAUCGCCUGCGAGGAGAAGAGCAGGGUUCUGGGCAUGAGGCGCUUUGCAGACCUAGUGGCAGACCAUUUCAUCGGCACAAUUGAAAACGUUCUAUGCCCAGAACCUGUCAUUGUAUGCCCUGAUCUCCCUUGUAAAUCAGAGCCCGCAGUGGCUAGCUGUGUUCAGCGGCCGGUGGAUGUGGUGUUCCUGUUGGAUGGCUCUGAGAGGAUGGGACUGGAUGACCACCGAAGGGCCAAAGAGUUCAUCGAGAACGUGGCUCGCCGCCUCACCCUGGCCAACGGCCAGUCAGACGAGCGGAACGCCCGCUUGGCUCUUCUGCAGUACGGCAGCCCAACACAACAGCGGGUGGAGUUUCCGCUCACGCACAAUCUCACCGUGAUUACUAGUUCGCUCGCUGGGGUGACCUACAUGGAUUCCUCGUCCGAUCUGGGCAGCGCUAUCACCUAUGCAGUCAACAAUCUUGUGAUUCCACAGCGGGGAGGGCGCUUGGCUCGACGCAACGCCGAGCUGGCCUUCGUGUUCGUCACGGACGGCGUCACGUCCUCCGAGCAGCUGGACGAGGCCGUGUCGACGAUGAGGCGAGCCGAAGGCGUGCCCACGGUGGUCGCCGUGGGCACGGACACGGACGAAGACGUGCUCCGGAAGGUGUCGCUAGGGGACAUGUCGGCCGUCUUUCGGGGCGCCGACUUCGCCGGGCUGAACAAACCGUCGUUCCUUGACCGCUUCAUCCGCUGGAUAUGCUAGUGAGGAGCCGCGGGGUUAGAACCCACAGUCCGAGUGAAGGCCCGGCUCCUUCAGCCCACACGUAAACACACGCAGAGCGGCCACCGGACGACUGUGAUCAUUAAGGCGGCUACAAGAUCAUAUUACAAAGGCCAAAAUUAUCCACGUAGGACACACUCACACAAACACAUCGGCAUGCAAUGUCAUUUGUAACUUGAACCUUUUAUUCAUUCUAAAUCUAUGGUCAGCCCCUACUAUCAUAAAAAAUUGUCCCAGAAGAGAGGUGUAUGAUUAUUGAAUGUGUAUGAAACAAAUUGUACUCUUUACUUUGUUGUUAUAGGUGUUUGCAGUCUGCAGUCCCAUCAUAUUGUGUCUCCACUAAAUGAGUCAGGUGCUGAAAUAGAAAUAAAGGACACAACCAUUUGAAUUGUUCUAGAAAACCUUUGACAUUGUGUUAUGCUGCAAUUCAUUUGUUGUGUACACUUAUCCUUUAAAGGGAGGAAAGAAUAUCACAUUUAGCCAUCGAGAAUCGCACUUCGUUACUACACAUGUAUUGGCAGACGAACAUAAAUAAACCAAUGUGUAAAAAUAAAUUCUGAAUAAAGCCUAAUGUGGUGAAACAAAAAACGUUUUUUCUAUAAGAUA